AUGGUGAUCUUCACCUGUGGCAUCCUGGGUGCUGCGCUGACCGAUGACCACACCUGGCUGUGGCACGCGGAUCACGACGAUUGCAGCAACAAGUGGCCCGACAGCAUCUCCGCCGCCACCUGCAUCAGUGGCAACGGCCUGGUGGUCUACGGCGACCGGACGAUCGUCUAUGGCUUGCAAUCGGAGCAUACCAUGCAAGAUCAAGUCUAUUGGCGAGGAAACGGUGGAAAGGUGUUCUUCUACCAGAACGAGCUGCCCUACAUCAACCCAUACUUCAGGAGACCAGGCUACAAUUUUGGUAUGGACUAUGUGAGCUACCGCGUUGACAGUGCUUGCUUGGAGCACUAUGCUGUAGGCAUUUAUUUGGCACAUUACCAGCAAAAGUCGGAGCCUUUCCUGAAGCUGAGCAAAGGACACCAUAUUUCCAGAAUUUUGAUUGCAUUGCUGAGCGCUGUUUGCCCUGCACUGCCAAGAAAUGUGGUGAUUUUUCCAAG